AUGAAGAGGAGGGGAUGUAUUGAGGGGCUUUCCUUUGAAAGGUACAUGAGCAGUAUCCUCUUUAUUCCAAGUGCUUUGAAAGAGGUAGAUGGGCAAGAGUCCCUCACGCUUUCUUAUAAGGGUAGCCUAGAUGAUGAACCUGAGGUGGCAAAGAAUAAAGAAGUGUUUGCAGCUGUGUUAAAACGAAAGAUUAAUCAAGUUCUUGGACUCCGAGUGAUUGAUGUGAAGAAAGAGAAAGCUUACACCAGAGAUAAUGUUGAGAUGAAUGAGAUUAAAACAAACGAAGAGGAGGAGAAAGGAGAGGGCUAUAAGGCCAGGAUGUUUAGUCCCAUUGCUGUUGAUGAAGAUUUUUAUGACUGUGUGAGCAGUGAAAUGGCGGUGACUGCAACGAAGGAUGAUAGUUUUUUGCAUGUAAAGAGAAGAAUGAGUGGGUUUGAGAGUCAGACGGAGUUUCUGUUCAGAAAGAGCUUAGAGACGGUGGAGAGAAGGAGAAGAUUUUCAUUUAUUGAGCUAUAUGAUAUGGUAAAGGAAGACAAGUUUCUAGGUCUUGUGAUGAUGGAAGGGAAGUCCGUAGUUUUGAACAAGGCUUGCAAGGAAGUAAGUGUCGGGAUUCGGAAUAGAAGUACGGGGAUCAUAGGAAGUGAUGUCCGAGGUAUAUUUACUAUAAGUGUGGAUGGAUUGAGGGGGUCUGGGGAAGAGAUUCAAAGUGUGAGGUUGGCAUGUGGAUAUAGGCAGAGCGACUUCUGUGCCAGGUUUAGCUACCACAGAAUGCACAAGGUGAUAUCUAUGGAGGAACUGAUGAGCUACUAUCUAGAUAACAAGGCCAUUCCACUUGGAAGACUUUUUGAUGAGAUUAUCUGUGUUUCUCAACCUGGAAACCUGAGGGAAAACUGCUUAAGGUUCAUAGAAUUGAAAGCAAACCUGUUUUUUGGUGAGGCUGAGGUAUCUCCGUAUGAUGUAGGAAGCUCACUGUUGUUUUUCCUUCGAAUGUUUGGAGGAAAAAAGAUGGCACAGACAACAAACAAGAUUAUAGAAUAUAUUGAGUAUGUCCUCUGUGAGAUAGAUGUUUGUAGGGAUUCUAUCAAGGACCUGUUGUUUCUGUAUGAGACAUGCAUGUUUAUAAACAUGAUUAUUUCAUUGGAAACCCAAGAUACAGGAGAUGGAGGAAGCAAGAGGCUUGGAUCUGCAAAGAUGAGAGAUACCAUGAAAUUGAGCGAUAAGAGCGGAUGGUGUGAAUGGGAUGACUUUUAUCCAAGGGAAGUAUGUAGUGUUUCUGCUUAUUACAAAGCUCAAUGUUCCUGGGAAAAUGUCGUAUUCAGCCUAAAAAGAAGGUAUCAUGAGGAAAAGAUCUACGAAGGAAGCCGGGGCCCCAUUGUCAGGAGCACUAUUGAGGAUCUUCUAUUUGAAGGCCUUAAGAUUUCUGGAUCUGAGUAUAAUGGAAGCCAAUCUCCAGGACUUAGUAAGCUUUUGGGUGUGUACAGGAAGUUGGUUAAGAUUUCUAGGAAAGGCUUGAAUAGGUUUGUAAAUAGAGACAAGGCCAGCAGCCUUAUCAUCUCCAUCCUUGAAGAGAACAUGGUGACUGAUAGGGAAACUCUUCUCCUAUGCACGAUUGUUAAAGACAUUUCAAAGAUGGUCCCUGUGAGGGUAUCGAUCCUUGAUAAGGCAUUAGUCAAAUGCAUAAGCGAGGUUGUCUUGAUGCUUAGAAGAAGGUUAAGGCAGGCUCUAAAAAAGGGAGAGGGAGAGGUCGAGAAUGUGUUUGUACCAAUAAACCGAUUCUUCACAAGGCUUCGGUACCUGAACUCAAGUAUACAUGAAGAGAUAUUCAGGAGUGAUCUUCACCAUUCGAUAGAAGAGGAAUGCUUCCACAGGCUUCGGAAGGUGCCUCUAGAUGUCAAGACUGGGUUGAAACGUCUUGAACUUUGCAGGAAGGUCCACGAAGAACAUCUUCGGAUCUUUGGCUCAAUGAGUCGUGAGAUAGAACUUAGUUACUGCCUAGAGGAGAAGAAGGCGUUUAUGAGACUUUAUGAUGUCAGGAAGAUAAAAAGGAUGCUCAGACACCCCGAGAUGCUUGGAAAAGAGAUUCUUAAGAUGAUCGGAGAAGGAUCGAAUGUGAAUGACGACAUACGUAACAGAUACAAGCUAUAUCUAUACGAGUGCAUUAAAGAGCAUGCCAGGGUGCUUUCUGGAGAUAAAUAUGACGAGACGAUGAUGUUUGUAAAUAAAUGCUUCAUAUGA